AUGCAAAGCGUUUACGACACUGUCGGAAACUUUUUUUUUUUACUUUGCUAUCAAACUGCUGCUCUUAAGUCACGUUUUCCCUUUAAAUCAACGGAGGCCAAAUGAGCCUUUUUGAUUUAUUUCGGGGCUUCUUCGGCGUUCCCGGUAGCCAUUUUCGUGGUCAAAGGGACCCCUUCUUUGAAGCCAUGACCCGGGAAGAGGACGAUGAUGACGAAGACGACGCCUUCUCCUAUGAUGGCUUCAGGGGGGAAGGGCAGGACCCCUUUGACAGCGCGUGGAAGUUCGGCUUCAGCGUUAGUCCCGAGGGGAUGAGAAUCCACGAACCUCCUCUGUUUGGAAAUGUCCUCAGGGAGAUGGAGGAGAUUUUUUCCCAACUUGGACGCCUGGACUCGCGUGCCGGCAUUCCGAGCAUCGCGCCACCGCCGCGUCACGAAGGAAGACAACAUGGAUCCAGCGGGAACUCCCUGAGAGACUUCAUGCUCAAAUCCCCUGACAGCGACGGACAGAGGAGAAGUGAUGUCCGUCCUUCGCUGCAAUACCCUGGCUCCGCCCCUUUUUCAAAAUUCACGGAUGUUUGGAGACACAGACUACAGAAAACUCCCGAAGAUGACCGUAAAGAAGACAGAGAUCUGGACUCUGCCGUAUCCUCUGGCGGCUUGGAUGAGAUUCUGGCUCCGCCCCCUGAACAGGUGCCGAGUCAGCAGCCUCGGAAUAGGUCCUUUUUCCAGUCCAUUACCGUCACCAAAGUGACGAAGCCUGAUGGGACUGUGGAAGAGCGGCGCACGGUCCGAGACAGCCGAGGCAACGAGGAGACCACCAUGACCCGCUCGGGAGGCCGCGGCGGUCUAGAGGGACCAGAACAUCAAACUGGACCCGCUCUACCAGACACUUCCUUUUCAGACAUGAGGGAUGAUGACAGCGACUUCUUCUCAAAGCUCUUUGGGAACUUUAAAUGACUUCAUUCCUACACACGCACACGUUUUAUUUAUGUUAAAGAGUUGAUGUUAAUUGUACGCCGAUGCCGGAAGGUGAGAUCAUUUCGCAGACUAAUCCCCGAUCGCCACGAUGCAUUUAUUUUUGUAUUGCCCUGAAUGAAAAUAAAUAAUGUUGUUUGUUGUGUUUAAAAAAAAAAAUGCUAUGUUGUGAAUUUGUGGCUUUGAAUGAGUUUUUAAAAAGAAUUGAUUUUUAGAAUUUGCACAGCAGGCGGAAUCGAGCGCUCGUGUCGUAGGGUUAGCCGCUACGCUGUUUUAGACAGCGGGAAGAGGGCGAGUUCGAACGAGCCAAUGAGAGCAGCGUAAUCAGGGCCAACUGUCGGCAGGUGAGCGCACCUUUUCCCCAACUUUCUGAGGUUCUGGUUCUGGUUCGAGACAGGAAAGUCUUAGCUGCCACAAACAGUAGGCUAUAUGUUGAGGAAGGCCAUGCCGUGGGUCCGGAAGUGGGUGUUGAGGUCCGACGCCUUAUCGAAGCGCCGCCCGCACACCCUGCAGAUCAGGUUGCCGUCGGCGUCCUCGCCCAGAGCUU